CUGUGAUACAUCAUGACAUAUCAUUUCUGGUCUUAUUCAUUUCAAAACUGGAGGCUGGUGGUACAUUGCCUGCAUUAGAAUAUUUUAUGACCCCUUAUGUUCUACAAAGGCUAAGUGCUGGGCCAAACGAGCAUGUUUAUGAGCGUGUGGUUUGGGCUCAGCGUUCCUGUGUCACUCUGGGGGGAGGGACUCUUCCUGACUGUCAAUAGAUGUGACAAGUAUUUUAGUGCUGGGAUCAAACGCUUUAACACCCCCUGCAACAAUACAGCGGAGACAGGACGCCCGUCUCAUUCACACCACAUCCUGAAGGCACUCCAGAACUUCAGUAACUCGCUCACAUCUGGGUCAUAACUAUAGAGGGCAAGGGUCACAAAUACCACUGUCUUGUUGAUAACUACAUGCUUAUUUACUUACUGUAGUGCAGUUGGUUUCUUCAAGGAGUAAGCAAUAUGCAGUUUGUUAUCUGUUAAAAAUGUAAUGUGUACACAGAUGUGGUCCUAGUUUGGUAACUGGUGAAAAUCUUGAAAAGCCUUAGUCCUCUCCUGGAUGAUGUGUUUGCUGCUGCUUGCAUUGUGUACAACGAGUGGUGUGACGGUGAGGUGCUCUGACAGCAGGCGCUGACCUGUGUGGAGCCCCUGACCUGAGGCUGAACUGGCCUGACUCUGCAGUGACCCCUCACCUCCACACCUCACAACCGCUGUGUUCCAACUGCCCCUCACAGAUAACUGCUCUUUGAUCAGAACUGGGAUUAUCUCCCACCACUGCACGCUCCACAAAUAGUUCCUGUAUGUUCAUAUGGUCAGGGUUAUGUCUAGGUUAAGGCUUGCUGCACAGAACAUACAUGUUAGUAAAACAUCUUGUGUCAAUAUAAUGGCUUCAGAUUUGGUUCUAGUCUAAUGUUUUCCCCCCUUGCUUACACCAGUGGACUGAUGUGAUGACUCUUGUGUUCAAACCUGCUUUGGUCUUUACCCCUAUUGCUCCAAAGCGGCACCUUAACGGCUGUAUUAGUCCUAGAGUUUACAGAUAUUAGUUCAGUGACUGCCUGAGGCGGAGCAGCGCUACUGGUGUUAGAGAGUGCCCCCUGCGCGUGCGUGAGCGCGUGCGCUGGGCGGACAGUGAACUUGGUGCGCAGAGUUCACAGAGAUGUCAGGGUCACAAGCGGGUCAGGGAGCGCGAGCGGGGGAGGAGCUGUGGGGACACAUGAACACACGCUCACGCACGAACGGAAUUGCAGAACACUUUGAACGCCUAGCUCAUUCAUUUUACCGGAUAAUUUCCGCAAGUUUCCCCACACUUGCGUUACCUUUUCACCCCUCAUCACAGGGCUUGAAGGUCCUCCACACAGCAUUUAAAUAUACAGCUCAGCCCGUCUAUGUACGGUACACAAUUUCAAUCAAAACAGAUGACACGAUUCCCUUUAUUUAAUCCAGGUGCGUAAUUGUUUUUGGCACCUUCAGACAGCUGUAAAGAUAACGAAAUACGAACAUAUGAUAACUCCUAAAGGUUUUGCCUUUAGUCUACCGGGACAUGGUGAAAUGUAGGCGUUUCACCACGCGCAACCCCCGGAGAUCUUCUGAGGCACACUUGGAGGGUCAUGAGGGGUGUGCUCUUAAUGUGCCGUGUCCUAGUGAACUGAGGUGAGCCCGUAAACGCUGAACACGGCACCAGGUUGUCUCUGUAACAUGCACGCGCACGCUCACUCAGGUCGUAAAAACACUUUACGCUGAUGUGCCUCUGUUUAUUCUGUGCGUAGCCCGAGGAUAACCUCGCGCGUCUGUGCGCGUGCGAGCUCACUGACCCAGGUUUGAACCCGGUGCUGAUAUGACUUUAUAACAUGACUUUAGAUUUAUUGCUGGAUUCUCAAGAGUUGGAAACUGCAGUCUACGCUAAAGAAGCAGGCUCACGGAGUACAGCGGAGCGCUGCGCUGCAGCCUCCAUAGGGCUGCACUUUGAAUGACAGCAGCCGGGUUCACGGGAGGCGGAUUAAUGCGCUAUGGAACUGUGGAGAGUUGGCUCUGGUUUGAAUGUGGUCCACCCUGCAGGCAGAUUAGCGCUACGGAGACCUAAACGAGUGGCCUCUCGGAAAACAAAGACGUCUUGGCACUCACUCAUUGUCUUACUGAAAGCAGCACCUUUUCUCAGUGAAAUGCCCCUGCUACAGGAGGUAAGGAUUAAAGCUGGGACUGAACAAAUGGUGGAGCGAGCCAGCAGCACAGGUCGUAGGCGGGGCAUUGACAGCCACAAUUAAAGAUGAACUUUGUGUGAACUAAUUUAUGUGAGGGAGGAGAGCGAGGAGCCUAUAAGAGGCCUCACGGCAGCGCGGCUGUCACACUCUCUGAGAACUCCUCACUGCGCCAUGGCUCUGAACACGCUGCUGGCCACCUUCCUGUGCACGAUAGUCCUUCCCGUUCUGCUCUUCCUAGUGGCACUUAAGCUAUGGGAGGUUUACCUCCUGAGAGGCCGGGACCCCGGCUGCCCCCGGCCGUUGCCCCCAGGCUCCAUGGGCCUGCCUUUCCUCGGGGAGACGCUGCAGCUCAUCCUCCAGAGGAGAAAGUUUUUACGCAUGAAGCGCCAGAAGUACGGAUACAUCUACCGCACGCAUCUGUUCGGGAAUCCUACCGUGCGCGUGAUGGGAGCAGACAACGUCAAACAAAUUCUGACAGGGGAGCACCGGCUCGUCUCCGUUCAGUGGCCCGCCUCUGUGCGCACCAUCCUGGGCUCAGACACUCUGUCUAGUGUACAUGGAUCACAGCACAAGUCUAAGAAGAAGGCCAUCAUGCGGGCUUUCUCUAGGGAGGCUCUGGAGCUCUACGUCCCUGUAAUCCAGGAGGAGGUGCGAGCUGCAGUGCAGGACUGGCUGUCCAGGGAUGCCUGUGUGCUGGUCUACCCUGAUGUGAAGCGCCUUAUGUUCCGUAUUGCCAUGAGAGUCCUUCUCGGCUUCGAGGCAGGGCAGAUCAAAACACAGGAGCAGCAGCUGGUGGAGGCCUUUGAGGAGAUGAUCCGAAACCUAUUCUCUCUGCCCAUAGAUGUACCCUUCAGUGGCCUGUACCGGGGGCUGAAAGCUAGGAACUUCAUCCACUCCAAAAUUGAGGAAAACAUCAAAAAGAAGCUACAGGACUGUGAGAAGGGCUCUCGGCCCCGGGACGCUCUGCAGCAGCUCAUUGACAGCAGCUGCAAGAAUGGAGAGCCCCUCAGCAUGCAGGCUAUUAAAGAGUCCGCCACAGAGCUGUUGUUUGGGGGCCAUGAGACCACAGCCAGCACAGCCACCUCUCUGGUCAUGUUCCUGGGCCUCAACCCUGAUGCUGUCAACCGUCUCCGCCUAGAGCUCUUGGAGAAGGAGGAACAGGGCAUGGACCCUCAGAACCUGACCAUGGAGUGGCUGGAACAGCUCAAAUACACCAGCUGUGUGAUCAAGGAGACACUGCGGCUCAACCCUCCUGUCCCCGGUGGUUUCAGAGUCGCCCUCAAGACGUUUGAACUCAACGGUUACCAGAUCCCCAAAGGCUGGAAUGUCAUCUACAGCAUCUGCGACACACAUGAUGUAGCUGAAAUCUUUCCUCACAAAGAGGAGUUCCAGCCAGAGCGCUUCCUGUCCAAGCCCUGCUCUGACUCAGCUCGCUUCCAGUAUAUUCCCUUUGGUGGGGGCAGCAGGAGGUGUGUGGGAAAAGAGUUUGCCAAAGUCCUGCUGAAGAUCUUUCUUGUGGAGCUGGUGUCCAAGUCCCACUGGACUCUCCUGAACGGGCCCCCCACCAUGAAGACUGGGCCCACAGUGUACCCUGUGGACAAUCUGCCCACCAAGUUCAUGAGUUACAACUAAAGCGCUGUUGAUUUUUGUAAAUAUAUUGUUUAUAAAACCAGAGGCACUUGCACAUGGGCCACCUGAGUCCAUGAGCAUGUAUUAUAAACCUGUGUAUAUAUGUAGAUUACUUUUAUAUUUUCCACUUAUUUAAGUGACUACUAAAAUGUAUGAGAUUUUAUUUAAUAAAAUACCUUUUGCAAAAUAAA